AUGGAAGACAGUGGUGGUGAGGAUGAUUUGAACUGUGGCAACUUGGAUCAAGAGGAUUCAGAGGAAAAGGAUACUCUUAAGAUGCCUUUGGAUUUCAGGGAGGUGAGACGGAGGCUCACCACAAUCCGGGAGGAUUUUCAACCACAGCUUGCUGUGCAUGUGGGCAUGGACACUUUCAUCAAGGCCAUCUUUCUAGAACAGUGUGGCAAGAACGGAACUUAUAGGGAUACAGACACACAAGGCUUCCAGACUGAGGGUGGAGUGUGCCUCCCUGGGGGCCCAGAAGUGAUGCUGUCUGUUGUCAACAUGAAGGGAGUCUGCCAUCUUUCCAUUGACGAUGUUGAGGUGGCCUUUUCCCAAGAUGCAGGCAGGUACAUCUGUGACUACACCUACUACCUAUCUCUGUACCUUGGAAAUGGGCAUGCAGAGCUCAUCCAUGUCCCUCUGCUGUCACACUGGCUCCCAGCCCACCUCCUGGGCAAAGCCUUGAGUCAUCAUCCAAGAAAUGCUGGAACAAAGACAGGGAGCCCAGCUUCAGAUGUUAGGAGCUGA